AUGGGAUUACGUGUCAGACUUCUGAAAGGUCCCGGUGUUACUAAACUCAUUUCUUAUAUGUCUAAUUCUAUGUAUACGGAAAAUAAGAAUCCCGCAAUCAAAACAUACGAUGGUUUCACUGAAUAUGAAGCAGGAUACUCUUCUAUUAAUGAUAGAAAUCGUAACCGGCCUACACUGCUCUCCGAAAACAGUGGUUUGCUUGAUUCAUCUUCAUCCGACGCACAAUACAUGAGUUCUGUGAGUGGAAAAAGUAAAACUGAAGGAUCUAAUAGUAAUAGUUAUAUAGAAAUUGUGAAACCAGGUGACAAUCCUCGAUACCAUUUGACUGUUGAACCAGAUCCACGGAACUCGUAUGCAACUAUUUUACGUUUAGAUAUUACAGAUCUGUCACCAGAAGAUAACUCGUUUUACUUGUGUGAAGCACUUUCUGGACCUCAUUGGCGAGCAUUCACUCCAACUUCAGCUGAACCUCCUGGAAGAGUGACUGUUUGGUUUGCACCACCAGCAGCCGAACCUAGACGUGUUACAGAAAUAUCAGACACCAUCGAUACAGAUGAUAAUUCCAUUCAGAGUGAAACAACCACACAGCAGGGAAAAGAUGUUGUUUAUGGUUUAUCACAUUUACCUUCUAAAAUAGCCUGCCAGGCACUGGGACAGCCACCACCUCAAUGGAAAUGGGUAGGUCCACAAAGCGGACCAAAUGUACCACUAGGUGAACCAAAUAAUUCAAGAGGUUACGUUAAAACAGACUAUCAAGAUGGCGAGUAUUCGGUCAGUGAAUUAACUGUUCCAGCUGGUUAUUGGAAUGUCGGUGUGUUUGGCACAUAUACAUGCACUGCAUCUAAUAGACUUGGUCAUGCAACAGGACAUGUUCGACUUCAAUUGGCGAGCCAUCCAGGCCGACCAACGCUGAGAGCGUGUAAAGUUGAGGCAACUUUAAUUGAGCUGUGUGUUGAACCCCCAACUGAAACUGGAGGUCUACCACUAACUCACUAUGAAUUAAGGAUUCAAACUCAUCCACGUGGCGCUUUCCACGGACCUUUCGCCUAUCUUCCUGGUCGCAGAGUGCUAAGGUUACCAAAUCUCAUCCCUGGUUAUUACUACCGAUUCGCAUUAUCUGCUGUCUCAAGCGCAGGUCGUGGGCCAAAUGCAUAUUUACAGGUUACAACUAACCAGUUAUCUAAACCGGUUAUAAAAUUACUCGCUUCUCAGAAUUAUAUAAGUCCAACAGGAUACAAUGUUCACUGGAAUGCAGAGACUACAAACGGCAUGGACAUAAAUCAAUAUAAUAUAAAUAUAAGACCAGUUGAAGUUGAUUAUUCUAUGG